UAGCGAGUCUUAUUGUAAUUACUUAAAAGAUUAGAAAGCAAUUAGUUGAUCAAUGGAGAUGGGGCGUUUUUGUUGCUGCAUUUUUAUUAUUUUGGUCUGUGUUCAAGCUUGUAUGAUCCCUCCGUGCUCUGGUUGUUUGGAGGAAGAGCAAAAUACUCUUUUCCUACUGAUCAAAACCACCAUCAACAUCUACCCAAAUGAAUCUUUUUCACCAUCUUCCAACUUAAUUACCAACAAAGAGAUUAGUACUACUGAUUGCUGCAAUUGGACAGGUGCCGUCGAGUGCAGCAACAUUACAGGCCGUGUAACCCAUAUUACUCUUUAUGGGUUGAUCGAUUCUUGGAGUAUUGGAUCAGAAUAUUGGUACUUGAAUACCUCUUUGUUUCUUCCCUUCCAAGAGCUCAAGUCUCUGGAUUUGGGUAAUUACAUGCAGAUUUAUAAUUUGAGGGUAUCAAAAGAAGGUUUUGAAAGAUUGUCUGGUUUGAGCAAGCUGGAGGAGCUUUACUUGGAUUAUAAUGACUUCAAUGAAAGCAUCUUGCUAUCCCUUGGCAAGAUUGCUUCGCUUAAGAAACUAUCUUUGAGGUGGAAUAAGAUUAGUGGAAGGGUCCCAAUUAAUAAAGGUUUUACAAUGAGUAAGCUAGAGGAGCUUUACUUGGAUGGUAAUAACUUCACAGACAUGAGAUUCAUUUGUAAGAUUGCAUCGCUCAAGAAAUUAUAUUUGGGAGAAGCUAAGUUGAAUGGGGGAAUUAAUAUCCAGGGUUUGGAAAGAUUGUCUGGGUUGAGCAAGCUGGAGGAGCUUUACUUGGAUUAUAUUCCCUUCAAUGACAGCCUCUUGCCAUCCCUUGCCAAGAUUACAUCACUCAAGAAACUAUUUUUGCGUGGAAUGCAGGAAUGGGAUUACGAAGCUAAUUAUAAUAAUAAUACCCAAGGUUUUGAAAGAUUGUCUGAUUUGAGCAAGCUGGAGGUGCUUUACUUGGAUUAUAAUGACUUUAAUGAAAGCAUCUUGCCAUCCCUUGCCAAGAUUGCAACGCUCAAGAUACUAUCUUUGCGUGGAAUAUUCAAGGAGUGGGAUUACGAAGCUAAUUAUAAUAAUACCCAAGGUUUUGAAAGAUUGUCUGAUUUGAGCAAGCUGGAGGAGCUUUACUUGGAUGAUAAUGACUUUAAUGAUAGCAUCUUGCCAUCCCUUGCCAAGAUUGCAACGCUCAAGAUACUAUCUUUGAGGGGGAAUAAGAUUACCGGAAGGGUCCAAAUUAAUAAAGGUUUUACAAUGAGUAAGCUAGAGGAGCUUGACUUGGGUGGUAAUAACAUCACAGACAUGAGAUUCAUUGGCAAGAUUGCAAUAUCGCUCAAGAAACUUUACUUGACACGUGCUUACUUGAAUGCAGGAAUUAAUAUCCAGGAGCUUGGAAAACUAAAGAACCUACAGGAGUUGUACUUGGAUUAUUCAUCCAUCGACAAAAGUUUUCUUCAUAAAGUUGGAGUGAUGACUUCUUUAAAUGUAUUAUUAAUGAAAGCUUGUGGACUCAAUGGCAGCUUACCCAACCAAGGCUGGUGUGACCUCAAGAAUCUACAAGAGCUAGACCUUGGUGAUAAUCAUCUUGAAGGGAGAUUGCCUUCUUGUUUGGCAAACAUGACAACACUUCGAGCAUUGAAUCUCGCAUUCAAUAACUUCAACGGAAGCAUUUCUCACUCUCCCAUACCGAGUUUGCAGUCACUUGAGUACCUUUCUCUGUCGUAUAACCACUUCAGCCCAAUUACAAUUUCCUCCUUUUUUAAUCUCUCGAAGAUUAAGUUGAUCAUGAGUAAUAACAACACACUUGUUGAUGAAACAGAGUCUCAAAGUUGGACUUCAUACUUUCAGUUGAAGGUUCUGUCUUUGUCAAGUAGCCUUGCUAGAAGACCCACUAGAACGAUUCCCAGAUUCCUUCAUUACCAACAUAAGUUACAAGCAAUUGAUCUCUCGCACAACAAUUUGGUGGGAAAGUUUCCCACUUGGUUGCUAGAGAACAAUACAAGAUUGGAGAUUCUUAAUUUACGGAAUAACAGUUUCACAAACAGUUUCCAAGUGCCCUAUCGUCCUAAUCCCCAUAUUCGAAAAAUAGAUAUUUCGAAUAAUGAUCUAGGAGGUCCAAUUCCGACAAACUUGAGUUUAGUUUUUCCCAAUUUAGUGAAUAUAAACAUGUCUCAAAAUGCAUUUGUAGGCGUAAUUCCAUCUUCUUUAGGUAAUUUAGUUUACUUGAUACUGUUGGAUUUGUCUAGCAAUCAUUUGUCAGGAACAAUACCAGACCAUUUGGUAAUGGGUUGCCCCAAUUUGGUAUAUCUCAAAUUGUCAAAUAAUAAUUUAAGUGGCCAAUUGUUUCCUGCCAAAAGUAAUCUAACUCUCCUUCAGUUUUUAUUUUUGGACCACAACCAAUUUUCCGGAAUGAUCCCAUAUAGCUUAUCCAGUAGUGCUUACUUGACUUCAUUUGAUUUUAGUAGCAACUCUUUGUCAGGCAUGCUUCCAAGAUGGAUUGGCAACAUGACCAACUUGGUUGAAAUUGUUUUGGCCAAAAACCAACUUGAAGGUCCUAUUCCGAUUGAGUUAUGCAAAGUCAAAAAAAUUAUAUUUAUUGAUCUUUCCGAGAAUAAUUUGUCCAACUUCAUACCAUUGUGCUUCAAUUCAAUGAAAAUCAAACAUGUUCAUUUGGGAAAAAAUAGGCUAAGUGGUCUCAUUACAAGUGCAUUCAAGAAUAGCUCUGCUUUGGUAACAUUAGAUCUUAGAGAUAACUGCCUAACUGGUAACAUUCCAGAUUGGAUCGGAAACCUCUCAUCAUUGAGCAUCCUCCUCUUAAAAGCUAAUCACUUACAAGGAAGGAUUCCAAUUCAAAUAUGUCUUCUUGGAAACUUAACCAUGCUAGAUCUUUCAAAUAAUAGUCUUACUGGUCCAAUACCUCAUUGCUUGAGCAAAAUUAGUUUUGGGGAAACUAACCAAAAAUCCAAUUUGGGAAGUGAUCUAGUAUAUUUUGAUCACAUUGAAGCAUCGGCAUACUUGGAGGCAAAGACACAAAUAAAAUUUGAAGAUGAUAUGGUUUUAUUCUGGGAUGUGGAUGCACAACAAGAAGUAGAGUUCAGAACAAAGAGCAGAACUUACUCCUAUAAGGGUGAUAUCUUCAACUAUAUGUCUGGAAUAGACCUCUCAUGCAAUUGUUUAUCUGGUGAAAUUCCACUUGAGCUUGGAAACUUGAGCAACAUCCGUGCGCUGAACUUGUCGCACAACAAUCUAACUGGAUCAAUCCCCAAAACAUUCUCAAGACUAGAAGUAAUAGAGAGCUUGGAUCUCUCCUACAAUAAGUUGAAUGGCAGCAUCCCCCCUCAACUUAUAGAGUUAAACUUUCUAGCUGACUUCAGUGUGGCUGACAAUAAUUUAUCGGGAAGAACACCAGAAAGAAAAGCUCAAUUUGGAACCUUUGUUGAAAGCAGCUAUAAGGGGAAUCCUCGUCUGUAUGGACCUCCACUACCUAAUACUUGGAACAAAACUAGAUUGCCAUCUAAUGAUAAGGAGAAGAAAGUGGUGGUUUCAUUGACAUGGAUUUUUUCUGCAUUAGUUUCGGUGUGUCUUACACAAUAGUGUUGUUGGGAAUUGUUGCAAUUCUGUAUAUAAAUCCUUAUUGGCGUCAGGUGUGGUUUAGCUUCAUUGAAGUGUGCAUGACCAAGUCUUUUUAUUUCUUUGUUUGUGAUUUCUCAUAAGUUGUCAUGUACUUUCUAAAUUAUGUAGCCAUGCAUAAUGAUGUUUGCAUAUGUCUAUAUGCU